AUGGCACCGAUGCGGCGUUCGGAUUUGCCGCUGAGCUGUAUCACGUUUCUCGUACGCGCUAUCUGGUACAUCGACCUUUUCGAUGUACUUGACCGUGUGAAUGAAAGAGACAUGAUUCUGCGUGUUCGUGGACCAACCAGAAAUCGGUUGGGUGGUUCAUCGGCAGUCGCCGAUCUCUGCCGAGCCCCCCACAGUGGCGCACUGGCCACUCUGGAGCGGAGCAGUCCCUCAUCGCUGCUGCUGACUAGUACUACUGACUUCAUGUGCGCGCGGGCUACGGGCAGCAGCGUGAGAGUUUCGGUUCCCUGUAUGUACAUAGAUGCCAACCCAGUACCUGAACUCCGGACUCACUCAAUUGCUACAACCGCAUCAGCCCAUCUCCGCCUUCUUUCAUACUUCAGCUCACUCGUGACCUCUCCAGCUGACGAUAACGACAACGGGCAAACUGAAGAAGAAGAGGAAGAAGAACAUCAUCCUCUGAAACCAAAAGCAGGAAUUCCGAAGGCGACGACAACGACACCAGACCACCCCGCCCUCCGCACCCGCGCCUAGACAACCUGCACAACACACUCUCUCAACUCCCUAGGCCGAGCGCCCAUCCUCCUCAAAGAUGGGCCUCGCAUACAACGUCUACCUG